CUCUAACAAGUCGAAUGAAAGGCGAAAACUAGUGACUGUGAGGCCUCUGCCUCUUCCCAGCGAUCGUCGAUCUUCUCAGCCUAGUCUCUCUCUCUGAGUUUCAGUCUCUCAAUCAGAGUUCUCUUUGUGUGCUGCUGCGAGCAAGCAAGGGACGAACCGACGAAGGCUGCUUCAAAGCUCCAUCCCAUCGAAAGAUCGACAACCAUUGACAGUAGAUUAGUCUAGGUGGGUUCAUGGAGGGAGGGGAGAGUGUAUUAGAUGCCAUCUUUGAAGAGGAUAAUCUUGAAGAUGCCCAAGAUAUUGAGAUGCUUGAUGUAGAAGAAGGAGAGUUGGUUGAGCAGACUGCACCAAUUGACUUGGGAGAAAAUGCUGGCAGAGAUGCUAACAUUAUAAACCAAGAUUCUCGAAGUAAAAAUCCAAGACGUAGAAAUAAAAAGAGGAAGAACAAGAGAAAAAAGGCAGUUCAGGGCCAGAUGCCACAGACAUCAACAGAUUUGUGUUAGAUGUUUGUAAGCGCUUGAAAGAGAAGAAGUCUUACCUGGUAUAUACUGCUGUGGGUGUUUUGGGUGUAUCUGCUUUGAGUGAUAUUGUCAAAGAGGU